AUGAUGACAUCACCUGAUACCACUUAGCUGUGGACCGACAGUUCUGCCCAGCUUCAGCCUACCAGUACUGUCUUAUCCUCUAAUCCCAACUCUUGUGCUGGCAUUGGUGGUUCAAUCGGUGGGGCUGGCGUCACUAGCGCUUGUGGUAUUGGGACCGGAGGCAGUCCCGGUCUGCCAGGCGUAGGCAUUGGGGGCGCUUCUGGUCUUGCUUUAGCAAUACAAUCUCCAGUCGUAGGGGUCGUUUCCUCCAACGCUAUUGGAAAUGUAGGUCUCGUUAGCGGUUCCACACCUCAGGUGAUGGUUGGUACCGGAACAGCCAGUCUCAUACUUCCUGCCAAUUCUGUCCAGUCGGCUACGAAUUUGCCUCUUGUGGCCCAACAGCAACCGCCAUCAUUGCAAAUGCCUCCUCAGGGGCCACCCCCUGGCCCUCAAAUGCGUGAUCUCGAUCUGGCCUGCAUGGAGGCUGUGGCGGCAUUACUAAAAGGCAUGCCGUUGCAGCCAGAGGAGACUGACCGUGGUGAUCUCAUGGACGCCAAGUCACAUUUAUUCGCUAAGUACUUUACCCUGUUUAUGAAUCUUCUCAACGAUGUUGCUGACGAUCGUGACAUGCGUGCGGAACUAAGGCGUAACAACUCUGCCCUACGCAAUGUCACGGUGUUGGCCAUGUCGAAUCUUUUAAAUGCCAACAUCGAUUCAGGCUUAGUGCAUGCUAUUGGUAAGCUUACCUAUCUUUGUCUACAGACUUGUUCGAGGUCAACUGAUCGGUCAUCUGAAUGUUGUUGA